AUGACGACCAAAGCCCAGGACGACGGCGGCGGCAGUAGCUGGCGGGACAAGCUAAAGAAGCCUUUUCGAGAACUCGAAGAAAAGCUUGAGGGCACGCAUCUCCACGAUGCCAAGGUCUCUCUCCACCACAAGAAGCAACAGCUUGGCAAGUUCGGCAAUCUAUUCAAUGGUAAUCAUCGACAUGACGAGGAACACGAGCAGGCUACCGAUGAGAAGCGCUCUAAGAUCACCAGCGAAAACCGGUACAAUUCAUACUUCCCCGAGCGCGAAGGAAACCUCAUCAAGUGGUACGUCGACGGACGCGACUAUUUCUGGGCCGUCUCCGAGGCGCUUGAGCAGGCCAAGGAGACCAUCUAUAUCGCCGAUUGGUGGCUCUCUCCCGAGCUCUUUCUCCGUCGACCCCCAUACUAUAACCAGGAGUGGCGUCUCGACCAGGUUCUCAAACGCCGCGCCGAAGCGGGCGUGAAGAUCUACGUUAUCGUCUACCGCGAGGUGGAGGCCGCUCUCACCUGCAACUCGGCGCAUACCAAGCAUGCCCUCCAUGGCCUCUGCCCCAAGGGCUCGCCGGGAUACGGGAACAUUCGGGUCAUGCGGCACCCUGACCACAACGUCUUCGAGAACGCCGCAGACAUGACUUUCUACUGGGCCCACCACGAGAAAUUCAUCGUCAUCGAUUACGCCACGGCCUUCAUUGGCGGCCUUGACCUGUGCUUCGGCCGCUGGGACACCAGCACGCAUGCCCUGGCCGAUGUCCACCCCAGGGGCGUCCACAACGAGGUGUGGCCCGGCCAGGACUUCAACAACAACCGGAUCAUGGACUUCAAGAACGUCAACGACUGGAAGCAGAAUGAGCUGACCAAGUCCCUCUACGGCCGCAUGCCGUGGCACGAUGUCGCCAUGGGCGUUAUCGGGCCCUGCGUCUACGAUAUCGCAGAACACUUCGUUCUGCGCUGGAACUUCAUCAAGCGGGACAAGUACAAGCGCGACAAUCGGUAUGAUUGGAUCCAGAUGCGUGGCCGCACUGGCGAAGACGAGGCCCUUGUCGGCGUCCAACGGCCCAAGCAUCCGGUGGGAGACUAUGUCCUCCACCCGCUGACGCCCCUGGAAACAAAGAAUCUCGACAAUCGCGGGACGAUUCGUGCCCAAAUCGUGCGGUCCAGCGACGAUUGGUCCUCCGGUAUUCUCCUGGACCACUCCAUCCAAAACGCCUACGCCAAAGCGAUCCUAGAAGCCGAACACUAUGUCUAUAUCGAGAACCAGUUCUUCAUCACAGCCACUGGUGACCAGCAGUCCCCGAUUAAUAACACCAUCGGCAGGGCCAUUGUGCAGGCGAUUGUCCGCGCAGCCAAAGAGGGUCGAAAGUUUCGCAUCAUCGUCUUGAUCCCGGCCGUACCCGGGUUUGCGGGCGAUCUCCGGGAAGAUGCCGCCACGGCUACCCGGGCCAUCAUGGACUAUCAAUACAAGUCCAUCUGCCGCGGGGAGCACUCCAUUUUCGAACAGAUCAGAGCGCAAGAAGUCGACCCCACCCAGUACAUCUUCUUCUUCAACCUCCGAAACUACGACCGUCUCAGCCGAGUUCCUGCCCUCGCCGAGCAGGAAAAGAAAACCGAGGUGCCGUACCAGAAGGUCCAGCGAGCCGAAGCCGAGGAGAUCAUGGCGAGUGGGAUCCACGGCACAAGGGAAAUGGAGAGUCCCACGCACCGCGACCGCCAUAUGGGCAGCUGGCGUGACCAGGACCCCGUCCUCCCCACGCCGGACCGAGAGGAGGCCCAGGAAGCGAAAAAGAGGUUCGAGGCCGCCAUGCCCGAGGAUAGGAUCGAAUCCGAGCCGUCUCUUGCCCACCACGCCAUGUCCGGCAACCUGCGAUCGCUGAUGGACGAGCCCUGGGAUGACGACAAUCUCGAGUCCGAAGUCCAGAACUGGGUCCAGGAGGAGCUCUACAUCCACUCGAAGCUGCUCAUUGCGGAUGACCGCCUUGUGAUCUGCGGGUCCAGCAACCUCAACGACCGGUCGCAGCUAGGGCGCCACGACAGCGAGCUGAGCAUCGUCAUGGAAGACACCAAGACGAUCACCAGCGUCAUGGACGGGCAGCCGUUCGAGGCCGGGUGGCACGCCGCGACGCUGCGGCGGUACCUCUGGCGCGAGCACCUGGGGUUGUUGCCGGCGCAGCCGGUGGAUGCCACGGGUGACCAGAACGCGCAGCCGCCCGGGGAGACGUCGCCCAACGACCCGAAGGACCAGGACGAGAGCUGGGAUUUCGUGGCCGAUCCCCUGGGAGAGGAUGUGUGGGACAUGUGGAUCGGGAAUGCGACGAAGAACACGGAGCUCUACAGGCACCUCUUCCACGCCGACCCGGAUGACCAUGUCAAAAAUUUCGACGAUUACGACCGCUACCUCCCUCCCGUUGGCGUCAAGAGGGGUCACAUUUUCGACCAGUUCAUGCCGGCUGAAGAUGCGCGUCGCAAGAUUGGCCAGAUUAAAGGUCAUCUCGUCCGGAUGCCGCUUGACUUUUUGAAGGACGCGGAGAUGGCAGAGUAUGGGUUGCAGGUGAACCAGUUUACGGAAAGCAUCUACACGUAG